AUGGCGACACCGGCGACAACCCUCCCUCCCUCCUACGCCCCCAUUGCCUCUCUAUCUCCCCCCGCCCGCCCCGUGCCCGUUUUCAACACUAGGACCGCGCGGCGAUUCCCGUGCCGGGUCGCCCUCUCCACCGACCUCUCCUCCUCGUCGGAGAUAGAAGAGGAAGAGCAGCGGGCGGCCGCUAAGAUCGGGAAAAGGGUUCGCGUCACGGCGCCCCUCAGGGUUUACCACGUGCAGAAGGCGCCCGACCUCGAUCUGAACGGCUUGGAAGGAGUAAUCAAGCAGUAUGUUGGGGUCUGGAAAGGGAGAAGGAUCUCCGCCAAUCUCCCUUUCAAGGUCGAGUUCCAAAUCGCUGUCCCAGAGCAGCCUCGCCCUGUGAAGGUCGUCUCUCAUCUCAAGGAGGAAGAAUUCGAGUACCUGUAAAGAUUCAAGAACAUUUCCGGAUUGUAGCAAGAAGAGAGAUGCUUCCAGUCGACAUAUAUACUUUCCUUUAGCUUUAUGAAACAUCUGUCUGUAAAUCGUUGUUCAUCAA